AUGCCUCCCGCCAAUAUAGACAUCGAGUCUCCUCCUGACGAGGGCGCCCGCGAAGGCACUCGCACUUCGGGGAGCGAUGAAGGCCCCACUUCGGACAAGGCCGCCCGAGCCUCCACGGCCGCCUUGUUGCGCAACCCCCUUCUAGGGUAUACUCAUAGCGAGCUCAUGGCAGACGUGGACGCCUUCACGGAGAAGUACGGACUGAAUGAGCACCGAGAUUCUUUCCGCAAAGGGGCGUUGGUCGCUCAAGCCAGCACCCGUCCUGACGGCUUUGAAGCCAUUGCCGAGCUGACAGAGGAAGAGAAGGCGGUGCUCAGAAAAGAAGUCACACAUCGUUGGGACCAGCCAUUCAUGCUGUACUUCCUCGGACUGCUAUGUGCGGGCUCGGCAAUACACGGUAUGGACCAGACUGCGGUCAAUGGUGCUCAGGAAUACUACUACAAAACAUUUAACAUUGAGGACGAAUUAAUUCAAGGUCUCCUCAAUGGUGCACCCUACGCAUUCUCGGCCCUUUUCGGCUGCUGGACUUCGCCGUUUUUGAACAAAUGGACAGGCCGCCGUGGCACCAUCUUCAUCUCGUGCUUCUUCUCCGUGGUGACUGGAUUUUGGAUGGCGGCAGCGGACUCGUGGUACAAUCUCUUGAUUGCACGGUUCGGCCUUGGCCUUGCUGUCGGCGCAAAGAGCAGCACAACACCAGUUUACUCGGCAGAAUCGGCACCGAAGGCCAUUCGCGGGGCUUUGACAAUGAUGUGGCAAAUGUGGACAGUGCCGCCCUUGAUCGUUAUGGUGCAGGUCUACUUCUGCCCAGAAAGCCCACGGUGGUACAUGGAGAAAGGCAAGUACACAAAAGCUUUCCGCUCAGUCAGCCGACUGCGUCGCCACACGAUCCAAGCCACAAGAGACAUGUAUUAUGCCCAUAAGCUCCUCGAGGUCGAGACCCAAGCAAGGAGCGGUCAUAGCUGGAAAGAAUUCUUCACCGUCCGGAGAAACAGGCGUGCCGCUACUUACUCAUAUUUUGUCAUGUUCAUGCAACAGUUUUGCGGGAUCAAUGUCGUGAUGUACUACUCGACAGCUAUCUUCGAACAGUCCGGCUUCGAGCGGAACCUGUUGCUGGUCACGUUCCCCCUGAUGGCACUCGCCUUGACCUUCACCGCCUUCAGCUUCUACAUCCCCGAGGGAACGGGGAGGCUGGCCUGCGUCGCAACCGGCAUCUACCUCUUCGCGGCCGUCUACUCGCCAGGCGCCGGGCCCGUGCCCUUCACCUACUGCGCAGAGGCGUUCCCGCUCCACAUCCGCGACAUCGGCAUGAGCAGCGCCACCGCGGUGACGUGGGGCUUCAACUUCAUCAUCAGCUUCACGUGGCCCCGCCUGAUGUCGAGUUUCACGCCGACGGGGGCGUUCAUGUGGUACGCCGGCUGGAACGUCUUCGGGUUUGUGGUCGCCUACUUCUUCCUCCCCGAGACCAAGAGCCUCACGCUUGAGGAGCUGGACACCGUCUUUGCCGUCCGGAACCGUGAUCACGCCCAGUACUAUGCGAAGAAGGCACCGUGGUACGCGAAUAAGUAUCUGCUGCGCCGGGAUGUCGCUCCGUUUCCCGAACUUUAUGAGGUUGAUGACCACCACGAUGGCCCCCAAGAGACACAGGAGAAGGCAGUGGCGCAACAAGCAGAGCGUGAUGCGGUGUCGGAUGAUUUUAGCAAGAAGGAGGUUUGA